GUUCGUGUACUGGCACCUCGGCGCGCUGUACGGGCUGUACCUGGCGUUCUCUGCCCACUGGGCCACUAUAGUGUUCAACGUGUUUAUGUACAUGGCGGGAGGGUUCGGCAUCACGGCGGGCGCGCACCGGCUGUGGUCGCACCGCUCGUUCAAGGCCACGCCGCCGCUGCAGGUGCUGCUCAUGCUGGCGCAGACCCUGGCGUGCCAGCUCUCCGCGCACAGCUGGGCGAGGGAUCACAGGUUGCACCACAAGUACGUGGACACGGACGCGGACCCGUACUGCGCGCGACGCGGCCUGUUCUUCUCCCACAUCGGCUGGCUGCUGGUUGACAAACAUCCCGAGGUCCUCAGGAGGGGGAAAACGUUAGACAUGGCGGAUCUAGAAGAAAAUCCGGUGUUGCGGUUUCAAAAGAAGUAAGAU